AUGUCCCAAUUCCGUCCAAACAUAGCCCGACAGUCCCUGAGAGACAAAGUAGUCCUCGUCACCGGAGGAGCAAAUGGCAUCGGAGCAAGUCUAGUCGAAUACUGCUGCGAGAACGGCGCCUACGUCUGCUUCGGUGACACAGGAAUUGCCGCAGGAGAGCAGCUCUCCAAAAGGCUUUGCGAAUCAGACUCCUCAUCAUCACAUCCAAGAGCCAUCUUUCUCCGGACGGAUGUCACGGAUUAUCAAUCUCUCCUGUAUCUCUUUGACGCAGCACUUAAGGCGUACGGAUGCAUCGACCAUGUCGUUGCCGCUGCUGGAAUUAUGGAAAUUGGGAAUUGCUUUGAUCCUGCUUUGGAUUUGAAGACGGUUCGGGAGGCACCAACCACAAAGGUCCUCGACGUCAACCUCGUCGGCUCCAUCUACGUCUCCCGCAUAGCAAGUGUGUAUCUCCGCCAGAGCCGCCCAGCCAACACAGACCGCUCCAUUACCCUCUUUUCCUCGCUGGCUGGAUUCAAAGAGUCGCCGGGUCUCUUCAUCUACCAGACUUCCAAGCAUGGCAUUCUGGGGCUGAUGCGCGCAUUGCGUCUCUAUCUGUCCAAUUCUCCUGUGCACAACAUCCGUGUGAAUGUGGUUUGUCCUUGGAUGACGGCUACGGGGAUGGCGGAUGGUGUUUGUGAGGGGUGGGUUAAGGCGGGACUUCCGCUUAAUACCCCUCUGGAUGUUGCGAAGGUUACGGCGGGUUUGCUUGUGGAUUCGUCGUUGAAUGGGAAGGCUAUGUACGUUGAGGGUGGGCGUGCGUGGGAGAUUGAGGGUAAUUUGGACCGGUUGGAGCCUCAAUGGCUGGGAGAGGAGCCGUCAAGGUCGUUGGCGAAGGGGCAGGCUGUGUUGGGGCAGGGGAUGGAUUGGGCCAAGUAGCCUCAUCUUUUUCUUUUUCUGCGGCUUUAGGGCUUCAAAGUAAACUUCCUCUCCCUCCGAGUCCUCACAUGCUGCCUUGGUUGUUUUCG